GCGGCUAGACGGGGAGCGGAGAUCGAGGCGGUGACCAGGGGAAGGUGAAGGCGCCUUUGGGGGAGGAGGAGCAGAAGGAGGUGACGCAGGAGAGACGCACCGCCCGGAGCCAGUCUGAGUGCCCCGCGCGAGCCCCUGCUCGAGGGGAGUAGGGGAAGAGGGCGGCCGUCGGCGUCCUGCAGCGGCGAGCCCGGCGGCUGCAGCCCCGCACCACUCUCGGGAGCCCGGCCGCCUCGGACGUACCCGGGACCGAGCCUCGCAGCCGUCCGCCUCCGCGCGCCCUGCUUCGAAGACGCCCGAGUCGUGUGGUUAUGCAAUGGUCUCUGCAGGAUGGUUUCUUCUUGAAUUGGAUCUUUUCAAGACUAACAAAUGCUGGUACUUCACCUUCAAUAAGUGGACUAUAAUUUCUUUUUUCAAGACUACUACAUAAGCAGACAAAAUUGCAAAGAUCUGCCCUGUAUCGAGUAUGACAGCCACGACUCGUGGCUCUCCAGUAGGGGGGAAUGACAACCAGGGCCAGGCUCCAGAUGGACAGUCUCAGCCCCCCCUUCAACAGAAUCAGACUUCAUCACCUGAUUCUUCAAAUGAAAAUUCCCCGGCAACUCCCCCAGACGAGCAAGGUCAGGGAGAUGCCCCACCACAGCUUGAAGAUGAGGAACCUGCAUUUCCACAUACUGACCUAGCAAAGUUGGAUGACAUGAUUAAUAGGCCUCGAUGGGUGGUUCCAGUUUUGCCGAAAGGGGAAUUAGAAGUGCUUUUAGAAGCUGCAAUCGAUCUUAGUAAAAAAGGCCUGGAUGUUAAAAGUGAAGCGUGUCAGCGAUUUUUUCGAGAUGGAUUAACAAUAUCAUUCACUAAGAUUCUCACAGAUGAGGCAGUGAGUGGCUGGAAGUUUGAAAUUCACAGGUGUAUUAUCAACAAUACUCAUCGCCUGGUGGAGCUAUGUGUGGCCAAGUUGUCCCAAGAUUGGUUUCCACUGCUAGAACUUCUCUCAAUGGCCUUAAAUCCUCAUUGCAAAUUUCAUAUCUACAAUGGUACUCGUCCAUGUGAAUCUGUUUCUUCCAAUGUUCAGUUGCCUGAAGAUGAACUCUUUGCUCGUUCUCCGGACCCUCGAUCACCAAAAGGUUGGCUAGUGGAUCUUCUAAAUAAGUUCGGCACUUUAAAUGGGUUCCAGAUACUGCAUGAUCGUUUCAUUAAUGGAUCAGCAUUAAAUGUUCAAAUAAUUGCAGCCCUUAUUAAACCAUUUGGACAGUGCUAUGAGUUUCUCACUCUUCAUACAGUGAAAAAGUACUUCCUUCCAGUAAUAGAAAUGGUUCCACAAUUUUUGGAAAACUUAACUGAUGAAGAAUUGAAAAAAGAAGCAAAGAAUGAAGCUAAAAAUGAUGCUCUUUCAAUGAUAAUUAAGUCAUUGAAGAAUUUAGCAUCAAGAGUUCCAGGACAAGAAGAAACUGUAAAAAAUUUAGAAAUAUUUAGGCUAAAAAUGAUACUCAGAUUGUUGCAGAUUUCUUCUUUCAAUGGGAAGAUGAAUGCAUUGAAUGAAGUUAAUAAGGUGAUAUCAAGUGUGUCAUAUUACACCCACCGGCAUGGUAACCCUGAGGAGGAAGAAUGGCUCACAGCUGAACGAAUGGCUGAAUGGAUACAGCAGAACAAUAUCUUAUCCAUAGUCUUGCGAGAUAGUCUUCAUCAGCCUCAAUAUGUAGAAAAGCUAGAGAAGAUUCUUCGUUUUGUCAUCAAAGAAAAAGCAUUGACCUUACAAGAUCUCGAUAAUAUCUGGGCAGCACAGGCGGGGAAGCAUGAAGCGAUUGUGAAGAAUGUACAUGAUCUUCUGGCAAAAUUGGCAUGGGAUUUUUCUCCUGAACAACUUGAUCAUCUUUUUGAUUGCUUUAAGGCCAGUUGGACAAAUGCAAGUAAAAAGCAACGUGAAAAGCUGCUGGAACUGAUACGUCGUCUUGCAGAAGAUGAUAAAGAUGGUGUGAUGGCACACAAAGUGUUGAAUCUGCUGUGGAAUCUGGCCCAUAGUGAUGAUGUUCCUGUUGACAUCAUGGACCUGGCACUCAGUGCCCACAUCAAAAUACUAGAUUAUAGUUGUUCCCAGGAUCGUGACACACAGAAGAUCCAGUGGAUAGAUCGUUUCAUUGAAGAACUUCGCACAAAUGACAAAUGGGUUAUACCUGCAUUGAAACAAAUUAGAGAAAUUUGUAGUUUAUUUGGUGAAGCACCACAAAAUUUAAGUUCUUCUCGUUUCAGUCAAACUCAGCGAAGUCCCCAUGUAUUUUAUCGCCAUGACUUAAUCAAUCAACUUCAGCACAAUCAUGCCCUAGUUACUUUGGUAGCAGAAAACCUUGCAACUUACAUGGAAAGCAUGAGACUGUAUGCUAGAGACCAUGAAGUUUAUGAUCCACAAACUGUGAGGCUGGGCAGUAGAUACAGUCAUGUUCAAGAAGUCCAAGAACGACUUAACUUCCUUAGAUUUUUACUGAAGGACGGCCAACUAUGGCUAUGUGCUCCUCAGGCCAAACAAAUAUGGAAAUGCUUAGCAGAGAAUGCAGUUUACCUUUGUGACCGGGAAGCCUGUUUUAAGUGGUAUUCAAAGUUAAUGGGGGAUGAGCCAGAUUUGGAUCCUGAUAUUAAUAAGGACUUCUUUGAAAGUAAUGUUCUUCAGCUUGAUCCUUCCCUCUUAACGGAAAAUGGAAUGAAAUGCUUUGAGCGAUUCUUCAAAGCUGUAAAUUGUCGAGAAGGAAAAUUAGUAGCAAAACGGAGAGCAUAUAUGAUGGACGAUUUGGAAUUAAUAGGAUUAGACUACCUUUGGAGGGUUGUGAUUCAGAGUAAUGAUGAUAUUGCCAGCAGAGCUAUAGAUCUCCUCAAAGAGAUAUAUACAAAUCUUGGACCAAGGCUGCAGGUCAAUCAGGUGGUGAUCCAUGAAGACUUCAUUCAGUCUUGCUUUGAUCGUUUGAAAGCCUCUUAUGACACACUGUGUGUUUUGGAUGGUGACAAAGACAGUAUUAACUGUGCAAGACAAGAAGCUGUUCGAAUGGUUCGAGUAUUAACUGUCUUAAGAGAAUAUAUAAAUGAAUGUGACAGUGAUUAUCAUGAGGAAAGAACAAUUCUACCUAUGUCAAGAGCUUUUCGUGGUAAACACCUCUCUUUUCUAGUUAGAUUCCCAAACCAGGGCAGACAGGUUGAUGACUUGGAUGUAUGGUCUCAUACCAAUGAUACAAUUGGUUCAGUACGAAGAUGUAUUCUCAAUCGUAUUAAAGCCAAUGUAGCUCAUACCAAAAUUGAGCUUUUUGUGGGUGGUGAAUUGAUAGAUCCUGCAGAUGAUAGAAAGUUGAUUGGACAAUUAAACUUAAAAGACAAAUCGCUAAUUACAGCCAAACUUACACAAAUAAGUUCCAAUAUGCCUUCAAGCCCUGAUAGUUCUUCUGAUUCCUCAACUGGAUCUCCUGGAAACCAUGGUAAUCAUUACAGUGAUGGCCCCAAUCCAGAAGUAGAAAGCUGUUUGCCCGGAGUGAUAAUGUCACAGCAUCCCAGAUACAUCUCUUUCCUUUGGCAAGUUGCAGAUUUGGGUAGCAGCCUAAAUAUGCCACCUCUUCGAGAUGGAGCAAGAGUACUUAUGAAACUCAUGCCACCAGAUAGCACAACAAUAGAAAAACUAAGAGCGAUUUGUUUAGAUCAUGCCAAACUUGGAGAAAGCAGCCUUAGUCCAUCUCUUGAUUCACUUUUCUUUGGCCCUUCAGCCUCACAAGUGCUAUAUCUAACAGAGGUUGUCUAUGCCUUGUUAAUGCCUGCUGGUGCACCUCUAGCUGAUGAGUCCUCUGAUUUUCAAUUUCACUUCUUGAAAAGUGGUGGCCUACCCCUUGUCCUGAGUAUGCUAACCAGAAAUAACUUUUUACCAAAUGCCGAUAUGGAAACUCGAAGGGGUGCCUACCUCAAUGCUCUCAAAAUAGCCAAAUUAUUGCUCACUGCUAUUGGCUAUGGCCAUGUUCGAGCUGUGGCAGAAGCUUGUCAGCCAGGUGUAGAAGGCGUGAAUUCUUUGACAUCGGUCACCCAAGUUACUCAUGAUCAAGCUGUGGUGCUACAAAAUGCCCUUCAGACCAUUCCUAAUCCAUCAUCUGAGUGUAUGCUUAGAAAUGUGUCAAUUCGCCUUGCUCAGCAAAUAUCUGAUGAGGCUUCAAAAUAUAUGCCAGAUAUAUGUGUAAUUAGAGCUAUACAGAAAAUUAUCUGGGCAUCAGGAUGUGGGGCAUUACAGCUUGUAUUUAGCCCAAAUGAAGAAAUCACUAAAAUUUAUGAGAAGACCAAUGCAGGCAAUGAACCAGACUUGGAAGAUGAGCAGGUUUGCUGUGAAGCAUUGGAAGUGAUGACAUUAUGUUUUGCCUUGAUUCCGACAGCCUUAGAUGCUCUUAGUAAAGAAAAAGCAUGGCAAACAUUCAUUAUUGAUUUGCUGUUGCACUGUCACAGCAAAACCGUUCGCCAGGUAGCCCAGGAGCAGUUCUUUUUAAUGUGUACCAGAUGUUGCAUGGGACACAGGCCUCUGCUAUUCUUCAUUACUCUGCUCUUUACCGUUUUGGGGAGUACAGCCAAAGAGAGAGCUAAACAUUCAGGCGACUACUUCACUCUUCUCAGACACCUUCUCAAUUAUGCUUACAAUAGUAAUAUUAAUAUGCCCAAUGCUGAAGUUCUUCUCAAUAAUGAAAUUGAUUGGCUUAAAAGAAUUAGGGAUGAUGUUAAAAGAACAGGUGAAACAGGUGUUGAAGAGACAAUCUUGGAAGGCCACCUUGGGGUAACAAAAGAGUUACUGGCCUUUCAAACUCCUGAGAAAAAGUAUCAUAUUGGUUGUGAAAAAGGAGGUGCUAAUCUCAUUAAAGAAUUGAUUGAUGAUUUCAUCUUCCCUGCAUCUAAUGUUUACCUACAGUAUAUGAGAAAUGGAGAACUGCCUGCAGAACAGGCCAUUCCUGUCUGUGGUUCACCAGCUACCAUUAAUGCUGGUUUUGAGUUACUUGUAGCAUUAGCUGUUGGCUGUGUGAGGAAUCUCAAACAGAUCGUAGAUUCUUUGACUGAAAUGUAUUAUAUUGGCACAGCAAUAACUACCUGUGAAGCACUUACUGAGUGGGAAUAUCUGCCUCCUGUUGGACCCCGCCCACCGAAGGGUUUUGUGGGUCUGAAAAAUGCUGGUGCUACUUGUUACAUGAAUUCUGUGAUACAGCAACUCUACAUGAUUCCAUCCAUCAGAAAUGGUAUUCUUGCAAUUGAGGGCACAGGUAGUGACGUUGAUGAUGAUAUGUCUGGGGAUGAGAAGCAAGACAGUGAGGGGUUACUCCUGGCUCUACACUCAGGAAUUACUCCUGGUGGUUCUCGGGGACCAAAUGGGAUGCUGGGGACAGAACCCGGGUCGGCCGUAUGCAAGAGCAAUGUUGAUCCCAGAGAUGAUGUGUUUGGUUAUCCUCAACAAUUUGAAGACAAACCAGCAUUAAGUAAAACAGAAGAUAGAAAAGAAUACAAUAUUGGAGUUCUAAGACACCUUCAGGUUAUUUUUGGACAUUUAGCUGCUUCUCGACUACAGUACUACGUGCCCAGAGGAUUUUGGAAACAGUUUAGGCUUUGGGGUGAGCCUGUUAAUCUGCGUGAGCAACAUGAUGCUUUAGAAUUCUUUAAUUCGUUGGUUGAUAGUUUAGAUGAAGCUUUGAAAGCCUUAGGGCAUCCAGCCAUGCUGAGUAAAGUCUUAGGAGGUUCGUUUGCUGAUCAAAAGAUUUGCCAAGGCUGCCCACACAGAUACGAGUGUGAAGAAUCUUUUACGACUUUGAAUGUGGACAUUCGAAAUCACCAAAAUCUUCUUGAUUCUUUGGAACAAUAUGUCAAAGGAGAUUUAUUAGAAGGUGCAAAUGCAUAUCAUUGUGAAAAAUGCAAUAAAAAGGUUGAUACUGUAAAGCGCUUGCUAAUUAAAAAAUUGCCUCCUGUUCUUGCUAUUCAACUUAAACGAUUCGAUUAUGACUGGGAAAGAGAAUGUGCAAUCAAGUUCAAUGAUUAUUUUGAAUUUCCUCGAGAGCUGGACAUGGAACCAUACACAGUUGCAGGUGUUGCAAAACUGGAAGGAGAUAAUGUAAACCCUGAGAGUCAGUUAAUACAACAGAACGAGCAGUCUGAAAGUGAGGCAGCAGGAAGCACAAAAUACAGACUUGUAGGUGUGCUCGUACACAGUGGUCAAGCAAGUGGAGGACAUUACUAUUCUUACAUUAUUCAAAGGAAUGGUGGAGAUGGUGAGAGAAAUCGCUGGUAUAAAUUUGAUGAUGGAGAUGUAACAGAGUGUAAAAUGGAUGAUGACGAAGAAAUGAAAAACCAGUGUUUUGGUGGAGAGUACAUGGGAGAAGUGUUUGAUCAUAUGAUGAAGCGUAUGUCCUAUAGACGUCAGAAAAGGUGGUGGAAUGCUUAUAUUCUUUUUUACGAAAGAUUGGACACAAUAGACCAAGGUGAUGAGUUGAUAAGGUACAUAUCAGAGCUUGCCGUCUCCACAAGACCCCAUCAGAUCACUAUGCCAUCAGCCAUUGAAAGAAGUGUACGAAAACAGAAUGUGCAGUUCAUGCAUAACCGAAUGCAAUAUAGUUUGGAAUAUUUUCAGUUUAUGAAAAAACUGCUAACAUGCAAUGGUGUAUACUUAAAUCCUCCUCCAGGACAGGAUCAUCUGUUGCCUGAAGCAGAAGAAAUCACCAUGAUAAGUAUUCAGCUUGCUGCUCGGUUCCUUUUUACCACAGGAUUUCAUACCAAGAAAAUAGUCCGUGGCUCUGCCAGUGAUUGGUAUGAUGCAUUAUGUAUCCUCCUUCGUCACAGCAAGAAUGUGCGUUUUUGGUUUGCACAUAAUGUCCUCUUUAAUGUUUCAAAUCGCUUUUCUGAAUACCUUCUGGAGUGCCCAAGUGCAGAAGUAAGGGGUGCAUUUGCAAAACUUAUAGUUUUUAUUGCACAUUUUUCCUUACAAGAUGGGCCAUGUCCUUCACCUUUUGCUUCUCCUGGACCUUCUAGUCAGGCUUAUGACAACUUAAGCCUGAGCGAUCACUUACUAAGAGCAGUACUAAAUCUUUUGAGAAGGGAAGUUUCUGAGCAUGGGCGUCAUUUACAGCAGUAUUUCAACCUGUUUGUAAUGUAUGCCAAUUUAGGGGUUGCAGAGAAGACACAGCUUCUAAAAUUGAGUGUUCCUGCUACCUUUAUGCUUGUGUCUUUAGAUGAAGGUCCAGGUCCUCCAAUCAAAUAUCAGUAUGCUGAAUUAGGCAAAUUAUACUCGGUAGUAUCACAGCUGAUCCGUUGUUGUAAUGUCUCAUCAAGAAUGCAGUCUUCAAUCAAUGGCAAUCCUCCUCUUCCCAAUCCUUUUGGUGAUGCAAACUUAUCACAACCUAUAAUGCCAAUUCAGCAGAAUGUGGCUGACAUUUUAUUUGUAAGAACAAGUUAUGUGAAGAAAAUUAUUGAAGACUGCAGUAACUCAGAGGAAACCAUCAAGUUGCUUCGUUUUUGCUGCUGGGAAAAUCCUCAGUUUUCAUCUACUGUCCUCAGUGAACUACUCUGGCAGGUUGCGUAUUCCUACACUUAUGAACUCCGGCCCUAUUUGGACCUGCUUCUGCAAAUCUUACUGAUCGAGGACUCUUGGCAGACUCACAGAAUCCACAAUGCACUUAAAGGGAUCCCAGAUGACCGAGAUGGACUAUUUGACACAAUCCAGCGCUCUAAGAAUCACUAUCAAAAAAGAGCGUACCAGUGUAUAAAAUGUAUGGUUGCUCUCUUCAGCAAUUGUCCUGUUGCUUACCAAAUUCUGCAGGGUAAUGGAGAUCUUAAAAGAAAGUGGACCUGGGCAGUGGAAUGGCUUGGAGAUGAACUUGAAAGACGACCAUACACUGGCAAUCCUCAGUACACUUAUAAUAAUUGGUCUCCUCCAGUACAAAGCAAUGAGACAUCAAAUGGUUAUUUUUUAGAGAGAUCACAUAGUGCAAGGAUGACACUUGCAAAAGCUUGCGAGCUCUGUCCUGAGGAGGUAAAAAAAAAAGGAAUGGAAGAGAACAAAGAACCAGAUGACCAAGAGGCCCCAGAUGAGCACGAAUCACCUCCACCUGAAGAUGCUCCAUUAUAUCCCCAUUCCCCUGGAUCUCAGUAUCAACAGAAUAACCAUGUGCAUGGACAGCCAUAUACUGGCCCAGCAGCACAUCACAUGAACAACCCUCAGAGAACUGGCCAACGAGCACAAGAAAAUUAUGAAGGCAGUGAAGAAGUGUCACCACCUCAGACAAAGGAUCAGUGAAAAUGCACAUCAUUAACUGGUUUCAUCAAGACUGUGCACCCAGGCCUUACUGUCCAACUUUUUCUGUGUCUGGCUAAUACUUAAAAUUAGAAAAACUAUUCCUAAUCAACACGGAGUAGUGGAGAGUUAUUCACUGUCUUACCUGCAGAAAUUUGCUGUCAAUAUAUAACCCGCCUGCAGUGGAAAGUGUAUAGUGUUUUGUAAUAAAUGGCCUGAUGCUAAUGUGUAAAUGGCAAAGGUGUAUAUAGUAUAUUAAUGUUUGACUGUUAAUUCUUAAGCAAGAACCUUUUUUCUUGAUGAGACACAGAUAUACAAAAACUACAAAAGUUAAUUUUCUUGUUAUACUCAGUGCACUCUGCAACCAGUGUUGCCUGCCUGAUGGCAGUUGAUCAACUCCUUUACAAAAACACAACAUAAACCAACAGUAACAAAUCAGAGCCCAUCCAUGUCACCACACCUAUAGUUUCAUGUUAAUUCUUUGCCACUGGAGUCAGUUUUACUAUGAGCAAUGUAAGGCUGGUAACCUUUAAAUUAUUUGAUGUGGAAAAUUGGUGAUGUAACAUUGUUUCUAGAUCUUUUUCAUUGACUUUUUAUUCUGAUAUUAGGUUAAUCACUUUGAAGCUGUAGUUAUGCUGUAACAUUUAGCAUGGCUUCACACCAAGUUAGUGUAGCCAAUGAGGAAAAAUUUCCAUAAUGACUUAUGGUUGUCCCAAUGUGACAGCUGUGUUGCUCGAGCUUUUCCUUCUUACACCUAGAAUUAAAAUUGAAAGCAAGGGGAGAGAUGAGAACAAGCAGUUACACAUCCAUUGCUCUUAUCUAAUGUCUGACAGUUGAAUCUCUGGGUGGGACAGUUUCAGCAAUGGGAAUUUUAAAAGGAAUACACAGAAAUUGGAGAUGCUAAUGCCCGAAGCAUAUUAGAAAGCUGUAUUUGGUGUUCUUGUUUUCUUUGGUAGUUUACUAGGUGAAUUUUCUAAAAUUUUCCUUCUGCUGGAUCCCAGUUCAUUGGAGGUGUCAGAAUCUCAAGGUCCUUGGGAGCACCACUGCACCAAGAUGUCUCUUGAGUUUCUGCUCAGUCACAAUUUUACUUGAAAGCAACAAUUGUCCUAGGUCCUUUUCAUUCCAAAAAAUGGUAACAGUCAAGCAGGAUCUAAUUCAAAUACCUACUGGUUAGUUGUAAUUGAGAUCAUCGUUGCAAAUUGAACACUUAAUUAAAGAUAAGGAACUCAUCAGUUAAUACUGUAUUUAAAAGACAUUGGUAAUUUGAACAUGUGUAAUUUUUUGGAACCUGUCUAGAAACCAAAUACUCCUGCAAACAGUCCAUCCUAUUCUUGGUUUUUAUUUUGCCGAAAUCACAAAUAGGAUUUGAUUUAAGAACUUUUUGUCCUGUGGUGUCUUUGUUUUGUUACCUUUUUGUCCUGUUGGGUUUUUUGGUUUUGUUUUUUUAAGGACUACAUACUAAACUUCUGUGCAUGGCAUGCCUAGGCAUGACAUACUGAAUUCAGGAGUUCAGUCACAUUGAGCUUUUUGUGCACAGAAAAGAUUUGACCUUUGGCCCUUUCUAAAGAUGUAGGGAAAAAACAGGAUGUUGACACUGUAAAAGUUUCCUAACAUAAUCUUGUACUUUUUGUAUGUUUUUAUAUACAUGUAUAUUUAAUGAGCACAAGCUUGGUUGUAUUUUUUACAAUUUAGUUAAUAGGAAAAUGUUUUGUCAAAAAGGCUAUAGUUGGAAUGAAAAGCAGAAGCAAAUUGAGAAUUGCAUUAUUUUGUGAUUAAAAGGGGCAGGUAUUUAAGGUAAAGCUUUGGGUAUCUUAUUUGCAGUCUGUGCUUCUAGGUUUUCUGCAAUAUAGGAAAAUUUGGCACCAGAUAGAUCCUGUUAUUAAGAAUAUUAAUCUGAAUUUGUUAAGUGUGAGCAAAAGUCCUACAGUGUUUGCAAUUCCAACUGAUAAUUGUAACUUUAAAAUUCCACAAGCUGCUUUUCCUCAACAGUGAGGAAAGCAACUUAACUUUAUUUGGACUUGUUGCUAUUGUGUUAAAAUCGCCUCUCCAUCUAAGAGGUGAUUUUAUAUUUUCUGCUCCUUAACAAAAGUAUAGAAUGUACUUAAUUUUUAAAAUUGUGGUUUUCCUAGACAUGAAAAACUUGACAUUUUAAAAGGCUGUGAAUUUUUCUUCUUGGAGGGAGAUCCCACCUUGGUUGCUUUGAAUCAACAAGUCCUCUUGUGCCCAGAGGACUUGCUAAUCAUUUUCCCCUCCAUUUGAGGAAGAGCGGUCUGUGUUGUGGCCUAGAACUGGGGAAAGUGAAGAGAGUUGUUUUUGUUUGUUUGUGCAAAUUAUUUUCUAUAUUUAACUCUUAAGCAAGCAUUAAUGUAUAAUCGGAAAUUUUAAAAUGCAUGUUAUUGUAAGAGCAACAUAGUGGUGAUUUUGAGGUCUUUUUCUGAACAUAAAUGGCACAUUUUAAACUUCAAGUCUUCAAAGUGCCUAAAUAUUAUUUAAUUCUCCCUCAACUGAUUUCUUGAGCCAUAUAUAUUUCCUAUUUUAAAUGUUGGUUGCAGAAUCAUUAGUUUUCCUUUCAAAGAAGUACCCCCCAGAAUUCUGAGUGGCAUGAUUCCUCUAUAGAAGACAGUAGAAUCUGUUAACAAAGACUGAAGAUAUUUUCAUUGUUAAUCUGUAUGAAACAAGGGCUUUUGCCCUGUUGGAUCUAAGUAUUUCAGUGCACAACUUGGUUUUAAAAACAAAAAAAAAAAAAACCAUAUUGCUGCUGUUUCUAAGCCCUCCACCAACCAAAAUUUCAUGUUCAGCAUUGUAGAGGCAGAUAUAAGAACCUAAUCAUUUGGAGUUUUUGUCAUUGAUUUUUCCCUUGAUAAUUUCCCAACCUUGUGUCUUCUAGCUGUUAUGUAUACAAAUUUAGAACUAUUAUUAAAAUGUUUUCUAUUUUUUUCAUG